UUGUUGCACCCUUCGAAAAAGCAAAAGCCCUUGGACAGCCGCCGGUUGCUCUUAAAAGGCCCUUAUUAGUCUCUGACCUGUUAGCCGUAACGUCGCCGAUCACAGGUCGAAGGACUCUAGAGACGUGUAACCUUAAGUUAUAGCUUGCACGUAGCCAGUCCGAAGUCCAUAUACCUCCGUCGGAUCCAGUUCCCCCGCUACACUUAAUAGGCCGCCAAUAUCGCCGUUGGCGUUCGGCCCCUGUCGCAACAAUCCAGAAUUGACUUCGUAUCUGUCUGGCUUGGCUCAUUUCAUUGAUCUCGUCUGUCGACCUGUAUCUGUGUCGUUAACGAAUACCGUCUGCAUCAUAUCGUUUCGACAUCAACCUCAAACUCAACUCCUACUCCUACUCUUCCGCCCCUAUUAUCAUUCACCAUGUCUCGGCGUAAUCAGUCAGUCAGCUCUAGUUCCGUUGGCUCCGGCGACAGCGGAUUCUCGUCAAACGCUGGGUACUCCGCGUCAUCGACUGGUAGCAGCUACUCAGUAGCUACUCAGUACACGACCUAUGCCGAGGAAGGUCCUUAUGACCAGAACCAAUAUCAGCUCCCGGAACUCGUGCCAUACGCCUUGCCGUGUGAGUUCGUUGGAAUAGGGAGCUGCGAUGUGCACUUUAACUUUGAAGAUAUCGAGCCCUGGAUCGAGCAUAUCAUCAGAGACCAUCUGCAGGACAAGCUUCCUCAAAAAACAGUCUGUUGGUUCUGUAAUGACUUCUACUUCGACGCCAAGGACCCUCAGGCCAAUAACGAUCGUCGCCUUAACUUCCACAAUAGAAUGGAGCACAUUCGCGAACAUAUCGCAGAUGGCAAGACAGCGAACGAUAUAGCCCCUGAUUACCACAUGCUUGACCACUUGUUCAAGUACAGAUUGAUUUCAGAAGGACGCUAUAAUGAAGUUAGAAGAUGGCAUGGACUGCCAUGCCCCCGCGAGCACAUGAAGGGUAUUUACAAACACGGGUUUGUGCCGCCAGAGAAACAGAGACAGGCGGAACGCUCAAAUAUGGUUCAAAUAGACCAUGAUAAAGAAGAGAGGCAACGGAGGAAGGGCAAGAAGGAUAAGAAGAAGAGAUGACCCCAUUAAAAACAAAAUCAAUCGCCGUUCGCGGCGGCGAAUUGAGGGGAGGGGGUAAGGCUAUAAGCGCCUAGCAUACCCACAUGAACACAUGAAAAUGGUUCGCGAACUAAGCAGAGCCGCACUGCCGCGAUGGAUGGAUCCUCGGCAGGACAACCGAUGUGCGUUUUACGUAUACCCGUUUAGUUCACCCCAAGUCUCGGUCCCCCUGCCGAGUCCAUAUUGAACGGGUCUGAUGUUUUUCCUGUCUUAUUUAAUUGUCAUUUAUCAUUCUGUUUUUUCCUUUUUUUUCCCUUUAACAUACCCUAGGACGAAGCCUUCCCUACUAUGGGGUGAUUCCCGGCGCAUAUUGUAUACUCUACGUUGAAACGUU